CGGUCACUCGGCGCAGGGGAGCCACACUAGCUCAGUCACAUGGCCUCGUUUUGACUGUACUUGAUAGUAGUUGGUUGUGUGCCAGCUCUGCUAUAUACCAGCUGCUUUGAUCGCAGCCUGAGAGACGGCAACGGACUUCUUCACCUUCCUCUUCUCCUUCUCAUCUUUCAUCUCCCUCCGUGUCCCUCUCGAUCAACAGAGCAACAAGGGCUUCUCCUUCGAUGGGCGAGCGCGACAUUGAGCUGGGGCGCCUGCACGCCGACGCUACUGCAGUCUAUGGACCUCAGCACUACUUCCAGGAGGUUAGCGAGCUUGGGGUGUUGCUGGAAAACACGGGGAACAUGGUUCAGAAACUGAAGGCAGCCAAUCUUGAGUGCAGUUCAGUCUCUGGACAUGAUGCUAUCAAAGAAAUCAAGGUGAAGAUACAGGAGGAAAUAGAUGAAGUGGGACAGAUGGCCCAUAACAUGAAGGAAAAGUUGAAUAAGAUCUUCCAAAGUGCGCUGACUCCAAUUCUGAACAAUUUGUCAAAAGGCCGUGGAUAUCCAGUCACCCUUCCCAAGACCAUGGAUCCAUCAGCAAUGUCGAUGACCAUGGAACUGAAGAUAAAGUUAAAAGAAAAGGAGAAUGAUUUUAAGUUACAGAAUCUGCGGAAAACUGUCUGGGAAGAGUACGUAGAAGUCGUUCAGAGGAGGACUUUCACAGUCACCGGAAUAAAGCUUUCUGAUGAGGUGGUUCACAUGAUUACCGCCAGCAACAUCGUGCAGAUGUUUGAGAACGCACUGCAGGGAAUAAAUCCAGAGCAGGUCGUCCCCGCGAUGAUGGAUGAAAUCAAGGAACGGCAGGCCGCGGCCAUGGAUUUAGACAAGAAGAUUCUUGAGCUGCAACAGAAUUUCGCAGAGAUGGGGGCACUCCUUGAGUCACGCGAGAAGAUGGACAAGGCCCUGAACAAGGUUCGGAAACUUACAGUUCGUGGACAGUCUACUCAGAAGGAGCUGCGCAAGGAGAUGGCGGAAAAUGACCGACUGCUGGAAGAAAAUGGCCGGCUUUUCACACUGGUCAUCAGUCUUGGAAUAUCCCUCUGCAUGAUUGCGAUCAUUCUUCUUCUCCAGGUGUAACCAGUGUAUAAGUACGUGCAGUGUGAAUUCUCUACACUAUAAGAUUACUAGUUGAGUGCCCGUGCGUUGCCACGGCCUCCUUCUUUUUAGUUUCAUAUAUAAAUAUGAUCCAUGUGAAAAUACACGUUUAUAGAAAAUAUAUAGCUACGUGGUGUAUGGGGCA